GUCCAACAACUUCUCCAAUUCUCGAUCGUCAAUCUCAAUUGCGUUCUCUCGGUCUCUUAGAAUCCUCCUAUAGCCAGCGGAACCGUUCUUCAUGGCGACAAACGGCUCAGCAGCCGCAUACAACCCACCACCAUCCGUCCUCGGCCCAAAGCAACGGACAGAUCUCCACCUGUCACUGCUGGCGUACCUCCAAUCGCAUGGAUUUGAGCGAGCAUAUACUGCACUACGAGACGACCUACAAGAAAAGGGUGGUCUGGACGCUGGGGCAGAGGACGACAAGAAGUAUGUGGGGCUAUUGGAGAGGAAAUGGAGCAGCGUCGUGCGAUUACAGAAGAAGAACAUGGAGCUGGAAGGGAAGCUUAACUCGCUCUCACUCGACCUGAAAUCCACCACAUCAUCACCAGGCCCGAACGACACGACGACAGCUACCACCAAUUCCCUGCCUCGAACUUCAACACUGCGGCAUACAUUAACAUCGCACCGCGAUCAAAUAAACUCGUGCGCAUUCCAUCCGAAAUACACUCUUCUGCUUACCGCCUCAGACGACACCACUGUCAAACUCUGGGACCACGAUGCUGGAUCUCUGGAGCAAACCUUGCGUGGACAUACAAAAUCCGUCCUAGCAGUUGACUGGUCAGAAGACGGAAAGAGAGCUAUCAGUGCUGGUGCAGAUACGCUUGUGAAGGUCUGGGAAGACGAAGGGAAGGGUAAUGGAUGGGCGUGUGUACGGACACUGGUCGGGCACGAGCACUCAGUACAUGCUGUCAAGUUCCUACCGGGUAACGACGGACGAGCAAUAAGCGGAGGCAGAGACACGACAGUCAGGGUAUGGGAUACCGCCACAGGUUUUUGUCUCAAGACUAUCAUCAUCGGCGGCGGAAACGAGUGGAUCCGGUCUAUCUCGCCUUCAACACCACCCACCACCGCCGGCGCAGCGUGGAGCAACCUCGUUGCUGUAGCAGGGAACGAUCAAAUGGCCCGCAUCAUCGAUAUCGGAUCCACUGACAGCACCCCCAAAUCUGAACUCGUGGGUCGGCAUUCCCACGUUAUCGAAGCUGUGGCAUACGCGCCAGCUACGGCGUCCUCGUAUCUGCACACACUCGCCAAGAUCCCGAAAUCGACGCCUACAACAUUCCUUGCUUCUGCAUCUCGAGACCGCUCCAUCACCAUCACUACUUCCACUAACAUCCCCGUCCUCACCCUGAAUGGGCACGACAAUUGGGUACGAGCGGUUUCGUGGCAUCCGUCUGGUCGGUAUUUGCUGAGUGCCAGUGAUGAUCGGAGCGUGAGAGUCUGGGAUCUGGAGCAGGAGGGACGGUGUGUCAGGGUACUUGACGACGCGCAAAUUGGGUUCGUCAACUGCUUAGCUGGUGACAAGGAAGGGAAGGUAUGGGCUACUGGCGGUGCGGAGGGUGAGGCCAGGGUUUGGGGCACCGCGUAAUGCUGCGAGAAUGGCUGAGUGAAGCUGCGAUAGAUCGAAAUCGGCAUCGAUAACGGGGGUUGUUUCUGCAUAUCUAUUUCUUCGGGGCGUACAUGUGUACGGAG